CAUGUUAUUGCGAUGUCUGUGUUCCUCCUACAGUUUCAACAAAGCUGCAGAGACAACCGCCCAGGCCUCCCCCAUUUACGCCUGGAAAGUCACCUCUCCAGUGUUUGAGUGUCUGAAGCCGUUGGCUGGUCCUGAACCGUUUGGCUCUUUCUCCACUAGCAAACAGCCUCACAAUGUACCUCAAUCGCUCUUAAAUCUAGUUUUUAAACGUUUUUAUUCCGCUCUGCGCCGAUGUGAACGGGACCGGACGCUUAUUUGGGAAUUUAUCUGACGACCUGUCACCUCAAAGCAGCUUUAUAACGCUUUGUUUGGGCACUAUUUCACAAAAUAACCGUGGAGGAGGAAAUUCCACACAAGCAGUGAAAGGCACCCCUCGCGCUCAUCCGGGUUUAAAAUUGUCAAGACUUCUCAGCUGCUAAAGUUUCACAUUGGAGCAAGACCUGAUCACAUGGUGCUGAGACACUUGGUUUGGAUCCUUAAAAAGCGUUUACCUUGCGGAAAUAGAGCUGAUAGUGUGGCUUGUGUCCUGUUUGCUGACCUCAUGGUGUAAGCUGGUGUGAAGAUGAGUAUUAGCAGCGAUGAGGUCAACUUCCUGGUGUAUAGAUACCUGCAGGAGUCAGGGUUUUCCCACUCGGCCUUCACAUUCGGCAUCGAGAGCCACAUCAGUCAGUCCAACAUCAACGGUGCCCUAGUGCCCCCUGCUGCACUGAUCUCCAUCAUCCAGAAGGGCCUGCAGUAUGUCGAAGCUGAAGUCAGCAUCAAUGAGGAUGGCACGCUGUUUGACGGGCGGCCGAUUGAGUCUCUAUCACUGAUUGACGCGGUGAUGCCCGAUGUUGUACAGACUCGGCAGCAGGCUUAUCGAGACAAACUAGCCCAACAGCAAGCUGUCGCUGCACCCUCUGCGGCCACCGCUAACAUGCAGGGUAACGCCAAAAACGGAGAGAACACCACAAACGGAGAGGAGAACGGUGCUCACGCCUUACCUAAUAACCAUGCAGACAUGAUGGAGGUGGAUGUGGACGUGGAGAUCCCUCAGAAUAAAGCCAUGGUGCUUCGUGGUCACGAGUCCGAGGUCUUCAUCUGUGCCUGGAACCCUGUCAGUGAUCUGCUCGCUUCUGGGUCCGGGGAUUCCACGGCACGGAUCUGGAAUCUGAGCGAGAACAGCAGCAGCUCCUCCACGCAGCUCGUCCUCAGGCACUGCAUACGGGAAGGCGGCCAAGACGUGCCCAGUAACAAAGACGUGACAUCGCUAGACUGGAAUAGCGAAGGAACACUUUUAGCCACAGGCUCUUAUGACGGCUUCGCAAGAAUAUGGACAAAAGAUGGUAAUCUGGCCAGUACACUGGGUCAACAUAAAGGUCCAAUAUUUGCAUUAAAAUGGAACAAAAAAGGAAACUUCAUCCUCAGCGCCGGUGUCGAUAAGACAACAAUCAUCUGGGACGCUCACACAGGAGAGGCCAAACAGCAGUUCCCAUUUCAUUCAGCACCUGCUCUUGAUGUGGACUGGCAGAGCAACAACACAUUUGCCUCCUGUAGCACAGACAUGUGCAUCCACGUGUGCAAACUGGGCCAGGACCGGCCCAUUAAAACAUUCCAAGGACACACAAAUGAAGUUAAUGCAAUCAAAUGGGACCCGACCGGAAACCUGCUGGCGUCGUGUUCUGAUGACAUGACUCUGAAGAUUUGGAGUAUGAAACAGGACACUUGCGUUCACGACUUACAAGCUCACAGCAAAGAAAUCUACACUAUCAAAUGGAGCCCCACAGGUCCAGGAACCAACAACCCCAACGCCAAUCUAAUGCUGGCCAGCGCUUCCUUUGACUCCACUGUUCGGCUUUGGGACGUAGAUCGAGGCAUCUGCAUCCACACACUAACCAAACACCAGGAGCCCGUGUACAGCGUGGCCUUCAGCCCUGACGGACGUCAUCUAGCCAGCGGCUCUUUCGACAAAUGUGUCCAUAUCUGGAACACGCAGACUGGUGCUUUAGUCCAUAGCUACAGGGGAACAGGGGGCAUUUUUGAAGUUUGCUGGAACGCAGCAGGAGACAAAGUAGGAGCAAGUGCAUCAGACGGUUCUGUUUGUGUAUUAGAUCUGCGGAAAUAGCGCUGCUUGCUGGAAGCCAUGGACCGACUAUGAAUGUGUACAUAGCCAAAAUGACUGUCCCUGACCCUCAAACUGCUACAGUCCCCAAUGAACCAUGGCCAGCCACUACAGACAAAAACAAACAACAACAACAACAACAAGCACCCUAACGCAACAGGCCGAGCGGAUGUGAUUCCAACCAGAGACAUUCAAAUGACUUUUUUAAGUGAGACAGGUUGAAAAAAAAAACAAUAUAACAAAGGAAGAAUGGCAACAGGACUGGUAUAUGUACCAAAUUUGGAAGAUAUUUUACUAUUUGUUCUUCAAAACCAAUGUCAUCAAAAUAAACAAACGAAA